CAACCGCCGAGAGUCGUUGCGCCUGCGCCUAGCCUUCCCCCACCCAGCGCCGCUCUCCCCUCCCCUCCACCCCCCGCGCGCCCACCCGGGGACGGACGGACGGAGGACUCGAUGUCGUUCCACUACCCCGACCACGGGCUCGCCAUGGACGCGGCGGCGGCGGCGGCAGCGGCCGCCUCGUCGCCCAACCCUAGCUUCUCCCCCGGCGGCGGCGGGGGCCUGGGCGUGGGCGUGGGCGGGGAGAGGGAGAAGGCGGCCAUCGCGGCCCACCCGCUGUACGAGCGGUUGCUGGAGGCCCACGUCGCCUGCCUCCGCGUCGCAACCCCAGUCGACCAGCUCCCCCGCAUCGACGCGCAGAUCGCGGCCCGCCCACCCCCGCUCGUCGCCGCCGCCGGCUCUGCCGGGGGGCCCUCCGGGGGCGAGGAGCUCGACCUCUUCAUGACACAUUAUGUAUUGCUGCUUUGUUCAUUUAAAGAACAACUCCAGCAACACGUUCGUGUUCAUGCAAUGGAAGCUGUCAUGGGUUGCUGGGAGCUUGAACAAUCUUUACAGAGUCUAACAGGGGCAUCUCCUGGUGAAGGCACUGGGGCAACCAUGUCUGAUGAUGAAGACAAUCAAGUGGAUAGCGAGACCAACUUGUUUGAUGGGAAUGAUGGGUCAGAUGGUAUGGGCUUUGGUCCCCUGAUAUUGACCGAGGGUGAACGAUCUUUGAUUGAACGUGUACGACAUGAGCUGAAGAGUGAGCUUAAGCAGGGGUACAAAGAAAAACUAGUUGAUAUCAGGGAAGAGAUCAUGCGAAAGCGGAGAGCUGGUAAACUUCCCGGGGAUACUGCCGCUACGUUGAAAGCUUGGUGGCAAGCACAUUCCAAGUGGCCAUACCCUACUGAAGACGACAAGGCUCGCCUGGUGCAGGAGACAGGGUUACAACUGAAGCAGAUCAAUAAUUGGUUCAUUAACCAGCGCAAACGGAACUGGCACAGCAGCAACGCAUCAUCCUCUAGUGAAAAGACCAAGAAGAAAAGAAACGUUACAGGUAAUGACGGCACGGAGCAAUCAUGGUAGACUGUGGUCUGAGAAGACACUAGACGUAAACAAUACCUUCAUCAUGAAGAAUGCAGUAUAUUCUCUCUCUCGCGUGUGCCCCCUCUGGGGCAACUAGAUGUGAAGACAACCCAUUCACAAGGAAGUUCAGUGAUGCAGUCUUUUGGCAAAGAAGUCAUCAAUAGUUGACUGAAAGGUGGUAGUGACUCUGGAAGUACAGUGUGACUGUUUGCUAAUGUGAUUUUAUGUAAGCACUUAUUGUAUAACCGAGGAAUGGGUGGGAGCAUUGUGCGGUGUAUGUAACUAUGUGCUCUAUUUAUUUUUGACAGGAAGUGUUGUAAUCUAUUUAUCAUGUAACAAAAUCAUAGGAAGAGUCUGAAGACAUACUGGGGUGUUCUGUGGGUGUGUACGGUAUGGUAUGAUGUCGCUGGUCUGAAACGACUUGGGAAACCAUUCUGUUUAAACUGUAUUUGGAAGUCUAAAUUAAGCUCAUAUGUGCAUACUCCAAUUAUGGAAUAUUUUGUAA